CAUGUUUGUGGUUUUUGUUGAUGAUGUUCACACGUCUCUAUGACAUGAAGUUCGGCAGUAAUCGGCAUUUUUACUGGCAAAAUAUUGGCCCGUCAUUCAUCAUAUCGUCGCCCUUAACCCCACACUACCUCUCCAUAAGGCACGCGACAACUCAAUGCUCGCCGUCGGUGGAAUUAACCCUAAUGGCAGAGUCAGGUCUACUAUUAUGGCGAACGAGAGUUAAUAAAAUCAUUGCCAAAACUGAAGAGUUGGUCCGUUCGGACAUUUACUACAAAAUUAAUAUCCAUCACAACUCAGACACCGUUUACACCAUAAGACUUACCGAUAUUAGUGUGACCAACUUAGUUUUAGACAAUAGUGUACAAACUGAUAAAAUUGAGGUCUACGAAACCAAUGAAGUGCCCGAAAACGGCACUAAUUUUGACGGCAAUAACAUUAUAUACGUCACGGCCGACGACCGGGUGUACGGCUGCGGCGAUAACUAUUGGGGAUCAUUAGGGUUGGGCCACAACCAGCCGGUGCCGGACCCCCAGCCUAUACCAGAGCUGUGCAAUCGGGGUAUACAGCGGUUUGUCAACGGCUGGAGCUUUGUUUUGGGCAUCACUGGCAGCGCAUCGGUGUUCAGUUGGGGCGACAACCGGUGCGGACAGUUGGGUCGCAAAGAUAUACAGUCGGCGAAAAAAGGGCGCAAAUAUUAUAAACCCAAACAAAUACCGUAUUUUUUGGCUACAGAUGUGAGCGCCGGGUCGGGUCACGCGCUAGUUGUCAAUCGUUACGGCCAGGUGUUGGGCUGGGGUGCCAACAGGCAUGGUCAAUUGGGUCAUAACAGGGCCCACGUUAACACACGUCCUGUUUUGGUAAACUUUUUUAAUAAUGAUAAAAUUAGUGCCGUUUACUGUUACGUCUCGUCGUCGUUUGCGAUUACCAUGGGCGGUUUUGUGUACAGUUGGGGCCACAACAGUAACUAUCGGCUUGGUCAUGAUAAAAUGCCUAAUCUAUCGCAGCCGACCAUGCUCACGAACAUGUUUAGCAUCAAGACAGUUUGUUGUUCGCAAUACAUGACAUAUUUUCUUACAAACAAUGGUUAUAUGUAUUUUUGCGGCCAAUACAGCGGAAGAGUACCCGGUGCUGAGUUCAGGCAAAUCUACCCGGUGCUUUUGCAAAAUUGCUUCGAGAUCCAGGAUAUGCCCAGGAUCGAUUCGGAUAAAAGUUUCCCGUUUAUUACCAUAAUGAGAGAUAACCGGGUGUUUGAGUUGAUGAAGACUAAUGAAUGGAUUGAAACACAGUAUAAAAGUUUUGUUGACUUUUACGCCCACGAGUGGAGUAUCACAUGUAAUACCGUUGAUGUCUAUGAGUAUGAGCUGAUGGCCAAUAAAUUGACAAAGGUGACAGAAAGUUAUUGCGAUAAAACAUUUGAAGAGUUGGACAUGGUCGGUUUAGGUGGUUACGGGGCUGUGUUUAAAGUUCGGCACCGACUCGAAGACCGAAUAUAUGCCAUCAAACGAAUACAAUUUACCGACAAACCAUUCAAAGAGAAAAUGCUAAACGAGUUAAAAAGUUUGCUAAACUUGCGAUCAGAAUACGUGGUCUCGUAUUACAACUCAUGGCAGGAAAACGAUUGCCUAUACAUACAGACCGAGUACUGCUCGCAGAGUCUGGAAAAGGUUUUGGGAGACAAACGCCUGGCAUUUGGCCGCAAAACAGCGGCCGGUAAUACAAUGGAUUCGUACGAGUAUUUCACAUCGUGCGAAAUAUUUAAAGAGGUGCUCCAAUGCGUGCAAUACCUCCACGAAUUGACUCCAGCGGUAAUCCAUCGAGACCUCAAACCGGCCAACAUUUUAAUCUCGGUCAAUAGCGGCAAUGGUAGAUUUAUCAAACUAUGUGAUUUUGGUUUGGCCACAGUUCACGAUGGGUUGGCCACUGACGGGAAACACACCACGGGUUUGGGCACCUCUGCCUUUAUGGCCCCUGAGGUCCUACAGUCCAGCCAUUACAACCAUAAGGCUGAUAUAUAUAGCCUAUCGGUUACGGAUCUCAAUCAUUUAUGUGUACAAACGAUGCGU